AUGAAAUCACUGCAGCUCCGAGCUGAACCUCAAAAGAGGUUUGGUUUAAAAACCAAGGAAAGAGACGGGGAGUCUCUAGCCACACCUAAUGAGACGAGCUCUUACAGUUCAGGACAGGAUGUGACCAGACAGAGAACCCUGUCCCCAAUCAAAGAGGACCGGUGGGAGGAGGGGGAGGACCGGGGGGAGGAGGGCCCUGUCAGCCCCUUUGGUAUACGGUGGCCGUCGCUUACCAACACGGAGGAGAGACCCAUCCGGCCCGCGGUGAAGGAGAGGGAGAGGACGUUUGAGGACUUCCUGGAGGAGCAGCUGAAGGUGGAUGAAGAUGUCAGGCUGAGAGAGAAACAGGACCUGCAGGAAGCCAAGGGAAUGGCGGGGGGGCGGUACUUCCUGCGCAAAGGGGAGGGAGUGUCCAGAUUGGAGCGAAGCAAGCACAACAUCCAGAGGAGGGCCUCCCUGUCCCAGCUGCCCAGAAGGAAGUUCACCUCUGGCGGGUUGCAGCGGCGUUCCUCGGCCCCUUCCAUGUUCGACCUCCCACUCACCCCCACGGCCAAUUUACCUGCCACGCCCCAUCCCCCAGCCCAGAACCAGUCUCAACAGAGGACAACCCGAUAUGUAGCACAAGAGAUGAAACACAGGGUUAAAAAGCCAGAUGUUGCUAUAGCUAACGGGCAUUGUAAUAAACAGAUGGAUAAACAAACAGCGGUACAUCACCAAGAAAGGAGAGCAAUGGGGAGACAAAUGUCACAAAGCACAGCCAAUGAGAACGCUGGAACUCUUUUAUGCUCCUCUGACAGAAAUGGCAGGGGUCAGAGAGGGAUCAACGGGGCCUGGAGGUCACGGCUGGCGCGAUCAUCGCGCUCAACAUCUGCCGAGCGAGAGGAAGAGGGGGGGUCGCAGGGUCAGACUCUGCCCACUGUGAGGCGAGAAUCUGUCCAUAAACAAGCUGACUUGAAGGAGCCACAGCUGGUGCAGCAUUCUAAAAUCUCCCCCACGUCUCCCUCCAACAUCUUAGUUCCCCCUAGGGUCAGGUCUUCGGAGGAAGGAGUCGGUUUUAAGACUGUCGACGACCGCAUAGUGAGAGUCGUUGGGUCUGGGGCCGCAGAGGGUCGUCCGAGGAGCGGCUCUCGGUACAGCCACAGGGAGGUGUUUAGCCCUGCUCCGAGAGCAGGGCUGAAGGUCAGAGGUCAACCCAGGACCAGAGCGGAGAGUCUCCACUUUUCAAGUGGUCCCUCCUCCAGCGACAAAGAGGCGGAGCAGGAGGGGGGAGUGGAGGAGAGCCCCUCCCCCAAUGCCCAUCAGCUUCCCUCCCCUCUGUCUGCUCCCCCUCACGCUGGGCCCGAGGACCGCGGCCUGGACCUUUCGGAGGGGGACUAUGCCAGCGAUGCCCCCAGCGACAGCGGGGAGGGUCAACUGACCAGCCAAAUGCAGACACCAAACCAGGGAGCUGCCGGUCUCCCCCUCUCCUCCUCCCUCUCCUCCAGCUCCGGCAGCGAUGAGAUUAGGGACGUCCUCUGGUCCGAGACGGCAUCACAGGACCCUGCAUCUGGGACGGCAUCACAGGCACCUCACAAGAUAUCAGCCUGGGGAAGCUCUCCUCUGAGAACCCUGCCAGGGAACCGUCGCAGACCCACCAGGAGGGGGACUGAGCGUCUUUCUUCCUCAGAACUCACGAGGCAUGUUGACCCUGAAGGAACAUCAAGAGCCAAAGACAGAGGAAAGAACCACCCUCUCCAAGUGUUUCAAAAUGGAAUCCAAAAUAUGUCAACCCUCCACAAAGUCACAGCAGAUAAAUAUCAUCACCCUCCACCAAAGUUGAAAAUAGAAGAGAAAACCACAGAGCGAGCGGUGCUGAAGAAGAGAGGAGAGACGGACAGGGACACCAGCCUCGCGUGUCCUGGUUUAUGUGGGAUGGAUCAGGUGAACUCAAGAUGGUGGACCGAUCAGUUGGACCUCAGAAAGCAGAUCCAGGUACUGCAGGAGCAGUUCCAGAGGCGAGAGUGUGAUUGGUCGCAGGCUCACGGUCACCUGCAGACCCAGCUGGAGACGCUGACCAGGGAGAACCUGGUGCUGAGAGACAGGCUGAACUCCCCAGGACAGCACCCCCUGGUGGAGCAGAGGAGUCAGACCACCAGUACCACAGCUCACACACAAGCACAGAAAACUAGAUCACCAUCAUCCUCAUCCAAGGUUGUGUCAGCCAGAUCUGCAGAUCUCACCCAAACCAGAAGUGACACGCCUGCCUUCAACAGACCAGCCUAUCAGAAGAGAGCAGUGCACUCUGCUGUAAACACGCAGCAUCAACACCCUCACAGGGAAGGGGGACCAGCCUCCACAAAGAGACUGUACUCAUACUCAAGAGGCUCAGAGGGCACACUGGCUAACUCCCCCCUUGAGACAGAAACAGAUACACCUGCUAACUCCACCCCUGAAGCACACACUUACACUCACGUCGAGCGUAACCCUGGGACACAUACAAACAUAGGCAUAAGCGAGGAGAUACGCUAUGCAAAUGGGAAGAUUGAACACAUCCUGUCAAAUGGCUGCCGAGUCAUUACAUUCCGGAACGGAACCAGGAAGGAGAUUUCUGCUGACAGGAAGUCUGUGACGGUCACCUUCUUCAACGGAGAUGUCAAACGCACACUGGCUAGUGGGAAAGUAGUUUACCACUAUGCUGACGCCCAGAUGACACACACCACCUACCCUACUGGUCUGGAGGUCCUGCACUUCCCCAAUGACCAGAUAGAGAAGCACCACCCGGACGGACGGAGGGAGAUUGUGUUCCCAGACCAGACCCUCAAGUACCUCCACCCUGACGGGCGAGAGGAGAGCAUCUUCCCUGAUGGCACGCUGGUCAAGAUCUCCCAAGGAGUUAAGACGGUGGAGUUCACCAACGGGCAGAGAGAGGUUCACACCUCCCAGUUCAAGAGGAGGGAGUACCCUGACGGGACGGUCAAAACGGUUUACGUUACCGGUCGCCAGGAGACCAGGUUCCCCUCCGGCCGCGUACACAUUAAGGACAGAGACGGAGCCGUCAUCAUAGACAGGAAGUGAAGCAUGUCUAUCAUCAUAGACAGGAAGUGAAGCAUGUCUAUGUUCACAGACAGGAAGUGAAGAAUGUCAUUUGUCAGGCUGCUGUUUGUUCUGAGGCUUUUGUGCCAAAUUAUGGAAUGAUUCUUACCCAUACAAAAUAUUCUGUAGGUUAUUUAUCUGCUGUUGGAUGUUUGAGAUGAUUGCUUUGCAUCAUAUCUUACAUGUGUGUUCCUGUUUAUCAUGUAAAGUCUGUUUUUCAAAGACGGCGCUUAAAAAUAUUUUUUCUG